GAUAGAGGAAUCAGCACCCAAUCUCUGAUCGCCGUGUCUAGCACCAGAUCUUCCGCCAUCGCUGGAUUCUACUCUGAUCUUUGCUCCUCCAAAGGAAAACAACACUUUUGGGCUUCUGUUUUCUCCCUAGUUUCACGACUGUCGUAUCGCUUGUAUGUUCCUUUCGUUUUGAUUCGUCCCGCUAAAUUUUUAGUUAUUCUAUUUUACCGGCAAAGAAUAAUAUAUUUACAAUUGUGCCCAAACUUUUAGAAAAUAUACAAUUCGCCCCGACACAUUUGAUCUCUUUACCCAAACUAUCCUCUUUAAUGAAAUUUACAGGAAUACAUGUGUAGUUAAAGUUGUUCAGCCUGUUGCAUGAGUUCAGCAACUUGCAAAGAAGAUCCUUAACUUGCAAAUGCUGUUGUUUCAUUCUUUUCUUAGGCAGAGCUUGCUUUCCUUAUGUCAGCCAUUUUCCUAUAAUAAAACCUUCUUUUCCUGCUUGAGCUUCGAUCUUGUAGUCAUCGAUCAAACCUCCAAGAUGGGUUCAGUCUCUCUUCCUACUCCUGUAUACAACCACCAGGCAGCAACUUCAAACCCAGUUCUACUCAUUUCCCAAGAAAGAAUUCACCAUCAACCUUCCCUUCAUCAGAAUCUUCGCGUAAUAACUUUUGUUUCUGGCAAGUUUCAGUCCCGACAUGUAAAGCGAUCCCUGAUUCCGGCGACUUAUCCUACACGGAGGAGAGGCCUGUCUGUAGUGCCACUAGAUGCCAAGACAAAGAGUUCAGAUUCAGGAGCAGAGGAAGAUUCGGGAGCCCUGGAAACAGUUCUCAAGCUUUACUCGGCGAUCAAGAACCAAAACGUACGCGAGCUAUCUGAUAUCAUUGACGAUGAAUGCCAAUGCAUCUGCAAUUUCUUCUCAUCUUUCCAACCUUUACAAGGAAAAGAGCAAGUGCUUGAAUUUUUUGCAUCUUUGAUCAAGUUUUUGGGAGAUCACAUCGAGUUUGUGGUGCAACCAACAUUACAUGAUGGGAUGGUUGUUGGUAUCCAUUGGAGAUUAGAGUGGAAUAAAGCUCAUAUGCCUUUGGGAAAGGGUUUCAGCUUCUACACUUGCCAAAUCUACCAUGGAAGAGUGGUGAUAAGGAAUGUGGAAAUGUUCAUGGAACCACUCCUUCAUGUGGAGCCUUUAAGGCUAAAUCGACCAAUCAUUUUUCUGCAGAAAACAAUCGGAUAUCUGACGACCAUGGUGGACAAGAUAAGCUUUGGCGUAUCAUCCAAAGCCUGGAAAAAGAAAGCCCUCUGUGCGUUACUAGGUCUAUUGUUUAUAUCUGCUAUUCUGCUUUUCUCAAAGCUGUAUUAGAUCCCCAAUACAGAGGUCCCGAUGAUGCUUCUU